AUGUCUUUGAAGAUGCUGCCAUUGACCAGAGCCGUGCUGGUGUCGUGGGGCUUCUAUCUCGUCGUUGUCGGCAUGUCUUGUAGGGCGUUAGGAGCUACUUACCUAGGUACCUUGAGAGAAGGGUUGUGGGUGCAAGUCAAGCUAUGGAGAAGGCGCUCGGGGCCUGACAUUGCCCGCUCCCUGGCUGAGGUCGCUCCAGGCCAAAUUGGCAACUUGGUCGGAUCCGAGUCUGGUUCAAAGAUGGCAACCGCGCUGAGGAGAGAGAAAAAAGCGUGGGAACUUUUCAACAUUUGGCAGGCAACUCCAAUAUUCGCAAGCGCACUCUCAGGCGUCAGCUCACUCUCACCCAUUUUGGCGCGGCAAGGGCAACUCCCCUAG